GUUGGCGGACCAUGCCCAUUACCCAUAUCCAUACCCAUCCCCAGGUUUCUUCAGCGAAGCAAUUCCAUUUCAAAAGGAAUUGGAGCUGUGAAUUUGGGAAAAUGGUCGGCAGUUCUCGUAAAUGGGCUUAUACGCGGAUCAUCGCCGGCACCAUUGUCGGCGGCGUUCUUGGCUUCUAUGUAAUGCACCGCGUUGAAGUUGGCUAUAAGGAGAAGAUGAAAGAGAGGUUAAAACAAUACGAGAACGAACUGAAGAAGAAAGAGAAAAUGAAAGAACUUGAAGACUCGCUAUAGUCUGGAAGGAGAAAACGAGGUAGAUGACCCAACAAGCCAUGGUCAUGAAUGUGAUGGCUUUAUCUCCUUUCAGGAAAGGAUUAUCUAUGUAUAAAGGAACAGAUUUGGCCGUUGAUAGUUCAUGAAAUUCUUCAGUUCUUCUCAAGGAAAAGAUGGUGUUCCUAUGGUUCUGAUUUGUUCCUCAUCAUCUUAAUCAAUGAUUAAGAUUGUUCUUCUACUUAUUAUUUAAUUUUUGUGUGAGAAGCAGAGAUCUAUACACUUCAACAGAUCCACCUUCAUCUCCUAUGUUCAAGUGGGUUUGGUGCGCCAGUGUGGAGUUUCAAACUUCACAGUUAUGUUGCAAUUUCUUUAAACGUGGUUGGCCAAAAGUUUGGAUUUGUAAAGGCAUUUAAAUUUUGUAAAAGAAUAGAGUAAAUGACUCCUAGAUUAAUGUAGUGUAUGUUUGUAUGA